UAUAGCUCUCCGCAGCAAGCCUUCUCACCUCUCUGCUUCGCACCACUGUAGCUGGCUUAGUCACCGCCGUCGUAUGGGCCGCCUGACAAGCCACCAUUCUUGCGCCGCUGCAACUCAGAUCAUCCUCUAUUCUUCCCUCUAGAUCUCUUCUUCUAUGAUGCGUUCUUCAAAUUCGGUUAUAACAGCGGCUGCCAAUGGCAAAGGGUCGUUGGACAUUGUUGGCGGUGGACGUCAGGGGUGGUUGUGCUGGCCGUUAAGAAUUCUUCCGUAAUUUUACAGUCUUCUGGUUCCUCGAGAACACCGCAAGACAUAGGAGGUCGAUUAAUGGCGUUUGUGAGACCCCCAAAUUCAUCGGUGCAGUAUCUGCCAACAACGUCGAAUGUACCACAUUACAUCAUCAAGCACGUCCUUUAUAGUAAAAGAACUCCUUCCAUCUAUUGUAGCCGCAAGUUUCGAAAUUGCUGCACUUCACUACAGUUCCAAGACAAUCCAUGUCAGAAAUCCAUUAUUAAACCUGAUUCUUUGUAUAAUCCGCAUUUACUUGAUGUUUCGUCGGUUAAGAAUAUUAAGGAGUAUAUAGAGUAUGAGUCUUUUGAUGAUGCAAUUAGAAUAUAUAUUGAAAUGCUUGAACAUGGUGUUCCUCUUGAAAACUUUCAAUCAUUUCCGUCUCUGAUUAAAGCUUUUGGAGGGCUUUCUGAUGAAGAAAAGGGUCGGCAGAUUUAUGGGCAUCUCUUGAAAUUGGGUAUUUUAGAUGAUAUCUAUGUAGCCAAUUCGCUUUUGUCCAUGUUUUGGAAAUGUGGGGCAGUUGAUGAUGCGCUUCAGUUGUUCGAGAAAAUGCCUGAAAGGGAUCAAGUGUCGUGGAACACAAUGAUUUCUGGGUUUCACCAAUCAAGAUUUUUCAUUGAUUCUUUGAUGGUUUUUCGCAGAAUGGUUUGGGAAUUUAGCAUACAGCCGAACCGGGUAGCUUGUAUUUCGGCUCUUUCAUCAUGUGCUUCGCUCGAGUCUUUGAUCCAUGGACGAGAAAUUCAUGGCUUUGUUGUAAAGUGUGGACUGGGUAUUGAUGAAUUUUUGAUAAACGGAUUAAUUGAUAUGUAUAUGAAAUGUGGGGAGCCAUUGAAUGCUGAGCGUGUUUUUAAUAGCGACAUUGACUUGGUGAGGGGAAAUGUUGUAAUAUGGAAUGUGAUGAUUUUAGGUUAUGUUUCUAAUGGGUCUUUGUUGCAGGCUUUGGAGUUAUUCAUCGAGAUGUUGAUGUCAGGGAUGAGACCGGAUUCUUCAACAAUGGUAGCUGUUCUGGUUUUGUGCUCUCAGUUGAUGGAUAUGGUGGUUGGCAGGCAAAUCCAUGGCUUCAUUUUCAGAGUUGGAUUGGACAAUGAUGUUCGAGUCCAAACAGCUCUUUUAGACAUGUACUUUAAAUGUGGCGAUACUGAGGUUGGUUUGAAGAUAUUUGAAAAGUUUCAAAGCCGUAAUUUAGUGAUGUGGGGUGCAGUUAUCUUAAAGUGUGCUCAGGGUGCUUGUCCCAUCAGGGCAUUGGAAUUGUUUGAUACGUUUAGACUGGUAUAUGAAUUUGCAGAUUCUGUCAUACUGUUGGCUGUGCUGCGGGCAUGUUCAUUGUUGACUCUCAAGCCUAAAGGCAUAGAAAUCCAUGGUUUGGCAGUCAAAAUGGGAUUGCAUUCCGAUGUUUUUGUUGGUGGUGCACUUGUUGACAUGUAUGCAAAAUGCAGAGAUAUGGAAUCUGCUCAAAAAGUAUUUUUUAGUUUACCAGCAAAGGAUCUGAUCUCAUGGAAUGCGCUAAUAUCUGGAUAUGCUCAGAAUGAGUGUGCAGAUGAAGCUUUAAGGGCUUUUCUUGAAAUGCAAUCUGAAAAAAUUAGACCCAAUGCGGUAACAGCUGCAUGUAUUCUAUCUAUUUGUGCUUACCUGUCAGUUAUGAAUCUGUGUAAAGUGGUUCAUGGUUGGCUCAUAAGACAUGGAUUUGAGCUCAAUGUUCUUGUAAGUAAUUCUUUAAUAGCUACCUAUGCCAAGUGUGGGGAUAUAAAUAGCUCAUGGGCCGUUUUUAAAAGAAUGACUGAAAGAAAUGAGGUCUCAUGGAAUUCAAUUAUAUCGGGGUUUGGAAUGCAUGGUCAUAUAGAUGAAAUGUUUGAUUCAUUUGAAAAGAUGAAAGCAUCAGAUAUGAAGCCUGAUCACGUAACUUUUACAGCAAUCCUUUCAGCGUGCAGCCAUGCAGGAAGGGUAGACAAGGGAUGGAAGUAUUUUAAAAGCAUGGUUGAAGACUAUGAACUUGAGCCUCAUUUAGAACAGUACACUUGCAUGGUUGAUCUUCUGGGCCGGGCUGGCCAUUUAACCGAAGCUUAUGAUUUGAUCAUGGCUAUGUUUUGUGCCCCAGAUGAUCGAAUCUGGGGAUCAUUGCUGGGAUCUUGCAAAAGCCAUGGUAAUGAAAGGCUUGCAGAAGUUGUUGCGAAUCAUAUUUUUAAACUUGAUUCUAAUAGUAUUGGUUACCAUGUCCUCCUUGCAAAUUUAUACGAAGAUUUUGGGAAAUGGAAUGAAGUAAAUCAGGUCAGAUCAAAAAUCAAAGGUAUGGAACUCAAGAAAAGGCCUGGUUGCAGUUGGAUUGAAAUUGAUAACAAAAUUCAUAUAUUUAUCGCAGGUGAUAAGUCACAUUGUCAUUCACAGGGGAUAUACACCACAAUAGAAAAUUUAACUGCUGAGACUAAGAGGGUUGGAUAUAUUCCUCAGUUACAUUCAGCUAAUUUUGAGGUUGAUAUUGAUCAUGAUGGGGGCCUCAUUUCAAGUAGAUUUAGGCCCCCUAAUUUUUUGUUUUUGCAACCACCAAUUAAUGGCUGACUGGUUUUUGUCUUCGAAUGAUAGAGAAAACUGUAUGUUACGAGAUUAGAUAUUUGUCUAUAGUCAUGACUUGAUACCCGGGAAAUAGCAUGGCUAUACUGCUGUUAUUAGAAGGCAACACAGUAACUGUUGAUUGACUGACAAUUGAGGUGACACUCUGUCAACAACAUGGAUGUGAGCUCGGAUAUUAUUCCUGGCACCUACGCCUCUUCCAUGCUCACAGCCUUGCAAAUUGAUUGAUUCUUCUUUGCUGGCAGUCUCCUUCAAGAUAAUGCCAGGCUUUAUUGCAAGGUUGGUGUACCCUUUGUAAUGGGAACUACUGGCGGAGAUGGGGAAAAUCUGUAUAAAACUGUAGAGGAAUCCUAAGUUUUUGUUGCGAUCUCCCCCCAAAUGGGAAAACAAGUGAUCAGAAUUUACUAUCCUCAAAUUUAUCAUAGUUUAGUUUAAAAUUCUUUUGAGUAUGUUCUGUUUUUCAAUAGAAGUUGCUUGGUCAGCUUGUGGCAUUUCUAGCAGCAAUGGGAAUUAUGGUGAUCAAUUUUCCGGGGCCUUCUCAGGCUAUUCUCUAGAGGUACUAUAUUUCUCUUCUUAUUUUUUGUUUUUUGUUUUUGUUAUUUUAAUUGUAAUUUGUGAUGUAUUAGUUAUAAUUUCUGUGUAUAUGAAUUUUUUAUUUGAUAUACUUCAAUGGCAUUAGACAAAAAUUCUAAAA